AUGUCGAGUGUGUUGUUCGCCUCGGUGGUGCGCGUGGCCGACGGCUUGCCACUGUCUGCGUCCACCGACUACGAGCAGGACCGAGAACUGCACGAGACCAGAAAGUAUCUGAAGGCGCUCUCCAGGAAGCUGCCCAACUUCCCUGACAGAUGCACCUUCAGGAGCGGCGCCUACAACGUCAAUUUCACCAGUGCUCUGGGUGUAUGCUACAUGAUGGUGUGCUUGUCAAAUUACCCAAGCGUGUUGGCCUUCUGUUUCCUGGAUGAACUCCAGAAGGAAUUCAUCGUCACCUAUGAUGGAAAACGCGUCGGCGCCGCCCUUAGGCCGUACUCAUUCAUACAAUUUGACGCAGUCAUUCAAAAGACCAAGCAGCGCUAUAACAGCCCUCGCUCGCUCUCCACCAAGAUCAACAUGGCUGACAUGCAGACAGAGAUCAAGCUGCGUCCCCCGUACCGCCUAACACCUGACGACCUGCAGACCAUCAACGGCUUCUCGUCGCGAUCCUCCGCAAAAUACAAGGGCAUCGGUACCAUGCGCGCCAGACAUACUUUAGAGCCCCUGACGCUUCCCGGCGCCGUGUCCUGCGUCCUCAGCGUGCUGUGCGGAGGACUCAACCUGUUACGUGGCGUCCACGCUAUCGAGAGCGUUCUCCAGGAUGAGGACGAGGACUUUAGCUCCGUGAUCGCCUUCUUCCUGGGUACAGCCGCCUGCCUGUACCAGUGCUUCCUUUUUGCGUACUUCUCAGUGUGGAGGAACCUUAAGUCGUUUCUGGCCCUGGGGCUGGUGUGUGUGUGCAACAUGUACCUGUUCCAGCUAAGGAAUGUGUGGCAGAUCUUGUUCCAUGUGGCAGUGGCUGCUUGUAUGACGCUACACACGCAUUUAAGGCAGCCUCUCGGUAAGGCGCCAGAUUACAAUGUCUAA